UAGGCUGUCUAAAGAUCCAAUUUCCACCACCUUCUGCAUAAUAUUCAAUUUUAUGUUUGUUUAAGGAGGUUGGCACCUGAAAAAAUAGUAAUGUCAAUCAUCCAAAAAACCACUUGGAUAUAAAGAUGAGUACCAAAAAUGUUCAUCUAUUUUAUUUGUGACCCAUGUCACAUGCCAUUUUUAAAAAAAAUAUAGGACCCAAACAAGAAAUGAUCAUUUUUCUCAAAUUUUUGCUUAAAUCUAACAUGUAAAUUGAUAAUUUGAAGAAAUCAAACAAAUAUUUAUAGUUUGAACUAUUAUUUAGUUAUGAUUUUAAUACAGUAUGAAGUUGGACACAUGUAGUGGCUUAAAAAGUAAAUCCAAGUCAAAGUUUAAAAAUUCUUGCUUUACUGGUGGCUUCAAAGGCCAGUACAUAAUGAACACAACAAUAGAUGUUACACAAAAGUUUGGAGUAAUCAUGCAAAUAAAAAAAUUAUAGUAAUGUCAUCUUUCUAAAACUUUGCAUACAAAUAGACAUACAUGUAAUGUCUCAUUUAAGAAUAAAACAAAAAUUUUGAGAUAUAGCAUGAAAUAAGUUAUUUUUAGGCCAAAAUUGGAGUUAUUUUUUCUUAAUCUCUAUGAAAUAUAAGCUAAAUAUGCCAAUAUAUAUAUAUUGAUAGAAAUAUCAAAAUAUUGUUUUAAUAUGUUUUUUAGAACAUCAUGAAUGUAUCGUAAUACACAAACUAUCUAGAAGUUUGCUAUGCGAUAAAAAUUAGGAAGCUAAAGUAACAGUACUCUAAAACUACUGAGUUAUGAAAAUUAUUCAUUUCCUUUUUUUAAAAACCUUCCACCAAAAAUUGUGAUUUAUACUACUAGAAUUAAUACGUGAUGCAGAAUUUUCAGAUUAGAGGUGACCCAAAAUGACCACCCGAAACCUAAGAAGCGAACCUCUUUAAGUUUAAGAAAAAUGAGAAAAAAUAUGAGGGAGGCUAGACUCCACAGCCCCCUUCCCUCCCAUGCGACUUGCCUGAAAUAUAAUACUAAUAAAUAAUUAUGCGUGCAUUUCAACCCUAGAGGAAUGAAAAUUUACUUUUUUGACAUGUCUCUAUCUAAUAGCCGAGCAGACGAAUUUUAUGAUUCUUGUAUAUUUUAAACUGCAUAGUAUUACUCAUUUAAUAUAACAUUUAAAACAUUGUGUACAUAAUAAAUUAAAAGUACUUCCCUAUAUACGGCAUUUCCGUUGUAAAGGAAAAUGGCCCCGUUUUAAGCAACGAAUUAUAGAAAAUAUACCAUGCUUUUGAUAAAGUUAUUCUAUUACAAGAGUGAAUAAAUAUGGCACAUCCUGAUUAGUGAGCUUGGGUUGUUUUAUUGCAAUGAAUGACGCAUCGCCGAUGAUUUUGUACACCCUGUAGCAGUGAAUUUUGUUCUGGUUUGUGACCCUGUCGUUCCAAAUAAAAAUGAACAGAAUUGGUGGACCUUGGUACAAUAGACGAUAAGUACAUGUUUAUAAAGUCAAAAAUUGUACACUGUAUUAAUAUUUAUUGAUUGCAAACAAUGACAAAACUGAAAUGUUAUUAAAAGUGAUUUGAUAUAACGAUGUUAAUUACAAAUCAUAAUCCUCAUUCAAUGAUAAAUAAUCAUUUAACUGACUGAAAAUUUGACAUGUCUGAAGUUGCUUCAUGAUACCGAGGCCAGAUCUAGAGAUAUGCACCGUUUUACCAGAAUCUCUGACACAGAUAUUAUACAUUUUUAACUAUAUGACCAAUUAGCCACGUAUGCCAAAACCAAAAGUUCAUUAAUUUCAUAAUUUUGGAUAAAGUUUUCGUGCGUGCUUAUGCACUUCUUUUCAACUAAAAACAAACCAAAAAUUAAAGAUUUUAUAAUUUGGUAAGCAGCACAAUACUGCGGCAUGCCGAUUUAUGAACUUUCAUUAUGUUAAAGAGGCUGGGAGGUCAACAAAUUAGCCAGCAGAAUUAAAAUGUUUUACUACAUGUAUAUCUUUAAACACAGCCCUUUUUCUUUACCUUGGGAGAUUUAUAUGUUGUAAAAAUAAUCCAACAUCUCUCUCUCUCUCUCUCUCUCUCUCUCUCUCUCAGCAUAGACAAACAAAUGUUUCUUCGUCAGAUGACACAUUCUGAUACUGUAACAGUUAAUUUCAUCGGCAAUCUCUAUAUACGGUCCGUCCUCGGUCAUGAAACUACUUAUAUGUUAAUGCAUCCACUUAAAGUGUGAGUAUGAUGUAAACAAAUAUAACGUGAUUGCAAAUAUCUCUUUUCCUUCAGCGACAAGCUCCUGCUAAUCUAAGAAGACAGAAACCACUUCAAUGUGAGGAUUAUUUCAGCAAAAGGGUGAAUUAUGCAAAGAUCCGAUUUUAUAAGAUGUUCUCAACCUAGCUGCUGUGAAUUUGUACAUAUAACGGCUCCAAAGGACAUCAACAUCACGAGAAUUGAACUUGGUUCUUGCGUUACAAUACAAGAUAAACAGCUUUAUACGGUUUAUUACAACAAUAACCAAUCAAAGCAGACUCUGUAUGAGGAACGUUGCUGUCAUGGCGACAUCUUUGUGUAUUAUGAUUGUUUUCCCCAUGCAUGCCCAAAAACAACUCUGCGAACAACCACAACAGGAAUACGAGCAGCGUCUUCAACCCAUUCAGGGACCCCUCCCUCUUCUGAUCGUCCAGAAGUCCCUACCCCCUCGGAUCCCAAGAACACUUCGGUACUGUUCAUCAUUCUUGUGUGUUCAGCAUUGCUAAUUAUCCUGGGGGUCGCUGCACUGAUGUAUAGACGUUACAGGAAAUUAAGGUUGGCACCGGUGAAAAAGCUACCAGAUAAUUACGAGUACUCAGUUAUACAAGAAUCUAGAAUCACCGAGACGGUUGAUGACAGCAUAUCGCCAACGACCACCAACUACUUUGUUUUAGAGGUGACAGAAAGACCACGCCCACCCACAACAAGUCCAAGUUCCAAUACAGCGCCCACCCCUUGUUCAUCAAGUGAGUAUGAAACCGUUCAACUGAAUAUCGAACCAGAAAAGCCAAGCGAGGGUGUAUAUAACACAUUGCGUGAAAAUAGCAAAUUACCAGAUGAUGUAACGGACAACUACAGUCGUUUUGCAGACUUUAAUCACGAGUAUUGUCACUUACAAAGAUGAUCUAACAAUUGAAUUGA